UGAUCCCAGCUUCCGGUGAAAGGGGAGAAGUGUCUGACACGAUUACUCUGACCAGGCCCAUCGUUACUCACCCGUAGAUAGCCGAACGGGUUUUUUUGAUAAUAGCGAUGGGCUUGUAAUCGUCAACAAGUCACCUAAUCAACUUUUUUUUUUGAGAUAAUAGGAGACGUCGCCGCGGACGCCGCUUUGAGCAGGCUACGCACCGUCAGAGCUACAGGUUUAAACGUUACCCGCGACUGUCAGCCAGCUAGUUAGCCAGCUAAAGUCGCAGCUAGCUUUUCGCCAACUAAGCACCUCUAAAUUAGAUCCUGGUGUCUGUUUCAAGAUGUCAACUGCGGGGUUCAAUUCUCAGAACGGGACUGGGACAGGGCAGACAUACGCAAAUGGUCCAUCACAGAAUCCUGUUGCCCUCCAGCAGCUACCAGGGGUUAGUUAUGGGAUGACUAAUCAACCACCAUACAAUCCAGUGCAGGGCAAAGCUCCUGCACCCCCUGGCCCUGGACUUUACCCAGCUGGGCUAUACCAGCCUAUUCCCCCAGUUAGCUCAUAUCAGCCAGGCCCACCACCCACCUCUUACCCAUCCUCUGCAGGCCAGCCACUGUUGCCCAGGCCUCCAAUGGGAGGUCAUCCAUCACAUACCCCUCCUCAGUCUGCCAGCCCCAGUCCUGGUCCUAGGAUGUCAAUGCCUCCUGCACAGGCAACACCACCUCCUCCUGCUGUGUCUUCUAGUAGCUACUACCCCAACCCUCAGCAGCCCAUGACUCCAGCAUGGCAGUACAACACAUCUACACCACCACUGGGGCCAGCAACCUCCAUUAGUGCGCCUCCAAUGGGCCCUGUGGCAAAUCAUGUGAAUCCAGCCGCAACCUUAGCAGGGCCAUCACUGCCAUCAUUAGCACCUUACAGCUCAGCACCACGACCACCACCUCCCAACAUGUCUCACAGCACCACCCAACCCCCGGGCCCAGGAAUGCCUCCCACCUCUCUGCACGGCUAUACACAGCCUGGUGUGGCACCUCCACCAAUGAAUCCCAUGGCGCCCCAUACAUACCAAGGCCAGUCGAACAGGCCUGCUUAUGGGCCUCCACCUACAGGUCCACCACCUACAGGUCCACCACCUGCAGGCCCACCACCAACAAUGAAACCCACACCACCUCCCACUGGACCUCUAGUGGCUAAUGCCACACCUCCACCACCUAAAGCAGAUGGAGCUGUGGCUGGCAAUGGCCCGCAAGCAUCAAACAGCUAUAAUCAUCUUGACAACAAAAUGGCUGGCCCGACUCAGCCUGGACCACCCGGUCGGCACUUGGGCCACUACCCUUCGCUCCCUCCCGGGUACCAGAACACCUCAGCUCCCCACGCCACCCCUCCCAUCCACCCUGCGAUGCAAGCCGCCACGCAGCCUUACACUCAAGCACCUCAGCCAUAUCAGCAGCCACCUGGUGGCCCAGGGCCGGCUCAGCUAAGCCCAUCGUUAGCAGCCAUGAGCCUCCAGUCCAGCACCCCAGAGGCCCUGAGAGUGGUCAACCUCCUGCAAGAGAGGAACCUGCUGCCACCGGCCCCAGUCCCUGCCCCGACACCCUGCCUCACCCAGGACCUGCAGAAACUCAACUGCAGCCCAGAAGUUUUUCGCUCUACACUGACCAGCAUCCCUCAGACCCAGUCUCUGCUCAAUAAAGCCAAGAUGCCACUGGGCUUGCUGCUUCACCCCUUCAAAGACCUCUCGCAGCUUCCUGUUGUGACAUCCAGCACGAUUGUUAGGUGUCGGUCCUGCAGAACCUACAUCAAUCCCUUUGUCUCUUUCCUGGACCAGAGAAGGUGGAAGUGCAACCUUUGCUAUCGGGUUAAUGAUGUUCCAGAGGAGUUCAUGUACAACCCUGUUAGCAGAUCAUAUGGAGAACCACACAAAAGACCUGAGGUCCAGAAUGCCACCAUUGAGUUCAUUGCUCCUUCAGAAUACAUGCUGAGACCACCCCAGCCUGCUGUUUACCUCUUCGUUCUGGACGUUUCCCACAAUGCAGUGGAGACAGGCUACCUAAAUGUGUUCUGUCAGUCACUGCUGGACAACAUCAAUUCACUUCCUGGAGACUCACGGACAAAGGUAGGCUUCAUCACCUUUGACAGCACCAUCCACUUCUACAACCUCCAGGAGGGACUUUCCCAGCCUCAGAUGCUAAUCGUGUCUGACAUAGAAGAUAUCUUUUUACCAACACCAGACAGCCUUCUAGUAAACCUCAAUGAAUGCAAAGAGCUUGUGCAGGAUCUGCUGAAGAGCCUGCCAAAUUUAUUUGAGAAGACGAUGGAGACGCAGUCCGCCCUGGGUUCAGCUCUGCAAGCAGCCUUUAAGUUGUUGUCCCCCACUGGAGGGCGCAUGUCGGUGUUUCAGACGCAGCUGCCUAACCUCGGUGUUGGGGCACUGCAGUCGAGAGAGGACCCCAACCAGCGGGCAUCUGCCAAGGACAUCCAGCACUUAGCGCCGGCGACAGACUUCUACAAGAAACUGGCUCUGGACUGUUCCAGCCAGCAGGUGGCUGUAGACUUGUUCCUGCUCAGCGCUCAGUACUGUGACCUGGCAUCUCUUGGAUGCAUAUCCAGAUAUUCAGCAGGGAGUGUUUACUACUACCCAUCCUACCACCACCAGCAUAACCCAGCUCAGGUUGAGCGCUUCCAGAAGGAUCUGAAGAGAUAUUUAACCAGGAAAAUUGGCUUUGAGGCUGUCAUGAGGAUACGCUGCACCAAAGGUCUGUCCAUCCACACGUUCCACGGAAACUUCUUUGUGCGCUCCACAGAUCUGUUGUCCCUCCCCAACGUCAACCCAGACGCCGGCUUCGCAGUUCAGAUGUCCAUCGAGGAAAACCUUGAUGACAUGCAGGUUGUCUCUUUCCAGGCUGCACUGCUUUACACCUCCAGCAAAGGAGAGAGGAGGAUCCGCGUGCACACUUUGUGUCUCCCUGUGGUUAAUUCUCUGUCGGAUAUCUUUGCUGGGGCUGAUGUUCAAGCCAUCACUGGGCUGCUGGCUUGCAUGGCUGUGGACCGUUCGGUGACGGCAAGUCUGAGCGAUGCAAGAGACGCAAUGACCAACGCUGCUAUCGACUCGCUGAUGUCUUACCGGCAGUCUGUGUUGACAAUCCAGCAGCCUGGCCUGCUGGUCCCGGCCUGCCUCAGACUCUUCCCGCUCUACAUUCUUGCGCUGCUCAAACAGAAAGCCUUCAGGACAGGCACCAGCACCAGGCUGGAUGACCGGGUGUUUGCCAUGCUUCAGCUGAAGUACCAGCCACUGGCCUACGCCAUGCUGAUGAUCCAUCCUGCUCUGUACCGUGUCGACGACCUGACUGACGAGGGAGCAUUAAACAUCAACGAGCGGACCAUCCCUCAGCCCAGACUGCUGCAGCUGUCUGUGGAGAAGCUCAGCAGGGAAGGAGCUUUCCUCAUGGAUGCUGGAACUGUGAUGUAUCUGUGGAUUGGACGCAACUGCCACUCCAACUUCCUCACACAGGUCUUAGGAGUUCCAAACUACGCUGCCGUGCCUGAUAAUCUGUAUCUGCUCCCUGAACUGGACACCGCAGAGUCUCAGAGAACCAGAGCUUUCAUUGGUUGGCUGAGAGAUCAGAGGCCAUUCUUCCCCUCCCUGCAUAUCAUCAGGGACGAGAGCCAGCUGAAAGCCAGCUUUAUGCAAAACAUGAUCGAGGACCGAACAGAGUCGGCCCUGUCGUACUACGAGUUCCUCCUUCACCUCCAACAGCAAAUCUCCAAAUAAUCUUCAGUGUGGCUGCGGAGACGAGGGAACAUUGAAGCGAGCAUGUGCGUCAGUGUACGUGUGCGAGUAUAUAUGUAUAUGGUGUGAGAGUGUGUAUGCGUGUGAGUGAGACCACACUCAAGGUCGCUUCUUGGUCCUUCUUCAGCUGUGGUCCACCAUAUCUCUGAGGGGGGGAAAAACCCGAGCUGAACUUAACACGAGGCAUCAGCCCAAUCAAGUCAUGUGACGAGGAUGUGACAAAUAAUUGGUUCUGAUGCUUAUUGGGCACUUUUGAACCCUGCUGAAGAAACAAGAAAUCCAGGAUGAUUAUUGUGUCAAUGAUCGAAUGAAUCAGUGUUUAUUCUCACAGAACAAUGCUGUCUAACUGAGGUAGUGCUCAGAAACAGUGCAGGAAAACAGAUGUGUGAAGUGUGAAGUGUUUGGAAAAAGCACAGUCUUUAUUAAUACGAGUCAAACAUAUGUACGUACGCUUAAGACUAGUUUAUAAAACAGGAAGGAACCGGCAAAAAGACUGUUUUGUUUUUUGGGUGUCACCUGGAGUAUUUGUACACACAGCAGCUGAGCUCUAACAACACUCUUAUAUUGUACCUGAAGGAGAGAGCGUGUGCUUUUUAUUUGACAGUCAUUAUACUUGUGUGUUGAACAAAUCUGUAGACUCUGUUGUUUGAAAGCCUGAAUUUUAAAGGUGUUUGAAGGCAGAUCAGCCUCGUUGCCGUCGCUGCCUCGAAUGUUUGGAUUUGGCAGCGGAAGGUGGUUUCAUCGGUCUGAUCUGUCGCUCAUCUUUUCGCUCUUUCUCUCUGGACAUUCAGAACACCUCUGACGACAUUGCUGUUCUGUUUGUUUGUUUCUUUUUCUGAUUGUUUAAUUUAUGAGACUCCCAAUCUGAUUAAAUUCUAUAAUUGCCUUGUAUGGGAACUCACUUUUUAUUAUUAAAACCUCUGUUUAAAUACAGACUCUAUAUAUGAAAUAUUUUAAUAUAAUAGGAUAUGGGAAAUUCUUUAACACAGACAUAACAAAGCCAUUGUGAUCUUUUAAUCAUGCUUAUUGAUACUUGUAUAUUAAAAGAUUGCAUUAUAUAAAGGUAAAGACAUGCUGAUGAUUUUAGUAUAAAUAAGUUGAAAUGACGCUAAGAAAAUAAAAUGUUGGGACUUUUUAAGUGUAGUUUGUGUUUUGGUGGGUGAACAGUGUUUAUUCUGUGAACACAAAGACUACAAAAGACAACAUGGACCAAAUCAGUCAAUAUUUCUCUUGAAUGCAUUUGAAUCGAGAUUUUUUUUUUUUUUUUUUUUUGGUUUGGUCUGAUUUCAUACAGUUUGUAAUCUAUGUAUUAUAUCAACAAAAAUGUAUUUAGGAACAGACAAAUAUGUUUUGGUCUUCAUGCACAAGAAAUUUUGUUUUUCAUAAAAAAAUACUGAUGAAAAUAAAAAGCAGCUUUGUUUUUGUACAGAGUUAACUUGCUGAGGACUGGAUGUUAGUCACAUGACUACAGCUAAAAUAACACCAGUCGUGUGUGUGGAGAGAGUGGAGUAAAUAAACAGAUAUAAAGCCACUGGCAUUUUAGAAUGAUCUCACCUUUCAACAAGAAAUUGAAUUAAUUUAACACCCAAAAAAUAAAGUAGAAAAUAAUACAAA